AAAGUAAAGGAUGAAUUUUGGUAGCAGUAAUAUCAGUAUUAGAAUAAAGUUUGAUAGUAAUAAAGGAUCUGCAUGUUUUUACACAGUUUUAUCUGAAUCCCAGCUGCCUGAGAGCUUACAGGACGUCAAGGUCUACAUCCCCUACGAGUCGGCUGAACUCUGCAUCGCUCAGAUAGUUCAGGACAUAGAAGUGAUGAAGAAGAAGCAUCUGGAAAUGGUGCAGGAGAUGGAAGAGAACUUUCAGCUCACCGCACAGAAGACUCAGAAGUGGCUCGUCCAGAGGGUCAGAUCUCAUUAUCUGAACAAGUUAAACACUGUGAGGAGAAUGCUUGAUCUCUAUCAGGAGAGGGUGGAGAAGAACAAAGCUGACUGGGAGAAGAAAGCUGCAGGUUUGGCAGAGCAAAACCAGCAGCUUCUGGAGGAGCGGAGAGCCGAGAGGAGAAAGAACGAAGAGGAGGCCCUGCAGUGGCAGAGAGAAAAGAGCAAAAUGCUGGAGCUGUUCUCCAGCAGGAUGGAUGUCCUGCACUGCCACCAGGCCUCCACGCUGCAGGAGCUGCAGAUGGCCAGACAGGAAAUAGGGAAAGUUCAAGAGAUGAUGGCGUCACAGCAGCAGCAGGAAGCCACAGAGGAAAAUGAAAACUCAGAUAAAGAAAACAUGGCUCAACAGCAAACUAUGACCUGCAGUGGCUCAGAUCAGCCUCUGGAAGGGGCUAAUGCCCGUCUGGAGGAGCUGAAGGAGAACCUGUACCAGAGGGAGAGGGAGAUCACUGAGCUGCUGAAGGCAGAGAGGACCCCCGUCCCUCCUGUCCCACAGCCCCCCUGCAGCAUUCUGCUGCCUGCUGUCAUACACAAGGCUCACAUAGUUUGUUGUGCAGUGUCUGAGACACAGCGUCUUCUGGACCAAAUGAUCGAGGACAAUCGGGCCGCUCUGGCUGAAGCCAGGGACAAACUGAACCAUCUGCAGAAUGAGAAACAAAACAGGAAUGAUGGAGAGGAGAGCAGAGACCAGGACGGGUCAAAUGAGUCAAGUCUAACUUUUCUACAAGAAACUGUGAGGGAGUAUGAGGUGUGUCAGAUUGCUUUAGACUACAUUAAAUCCGGAGAAAGUCUUGCAACAAAUGAUUGUGAAAUCUCAGAGCUGGAGGACGUCCUCGGACAAGAGGCGGUUCAAACGCCAAACAAAGUAAAGGGUGUGGGUCAGCAGCUUCUCCUGCUGCAGGAUCAGCUGAAGCAAGAAAAGGAUGAGAAAAAGAAAAUCAUCGAGAACUACACAUCAGAAAGAGCAAUGAGGAAGAAAUAUUACAACAUGGUGGAAGAAAUGAAAGGUAAAAUCAGGGUGUUUUGCCGAAUUCGUCCGGUGAACCGAAGUGAAGUGGCUCAGGGAGGGGGCGUGGUGGUGGAGAAGUCUGACGAUCACUCGGUCAAUGUGGAAACCCCUCGAGGGCCCAGAGAGUUUCAGUUUGACAAAGUGUUCAGUGCCGAAAGCACUCAGGAAGAUUUGUUUCAGGACACAAACAGGUUGAUCCAGUUGGUCAUCGAUGGAUACAAUGUUUGUAUCUUUGCAUACGGCCAGACGGGCUCAGGAAAGACCUUCACCAUGGUGGGGGACAAGGAUCAGAAGAACCCCGGGAUCAUGCCGAGAUCUUUUAACGCCAUAUUUGAUUUAAUGCGGGAGAACAGCCCUAGGUUUGACUUCAAGGUUUCGGCCUACAUGCUGGAGCUGUACAACGACCGGCUGCAGGACCUGCUGGUCAGCCAGGCUGGUGAGGCCAGUGCACAGACGCAAGCCCACGGCCCAGCCAGGCGGGUGGAGAUCAAGAGGAACAGAAAGGGGGUUGUAUUCGCUCAAGGAGCAGAAACAAAGGAGGCUUCCAGCGCCCAAGAGCUCUACGCUUUGUUCCAGCAGGCCUGCGCCAGCCGGCACAUCUCUGCUACCAAGAUGAACGUAGAGAGCUCCCGUUCGCAUCUCAUCGUCGGCAUCAUGGUGGAAAGCAAGAAUUUGACCAAUGGGAGCGUGAGCACGGGGAAGCUGAGCCUCGUGGAUCUUGCAGGCAGUGAGAGGGCAGCUAAAACAGGUGUCAAGGACCACCAGCUCAAGGAGGCAAACUCCAUCAACAAGUCACUGAGUGCUCUGGGUGACGUGAUUUCAGCUCUUUCUGCAGAGCUGCCCCACGUUCCCUACAGGAACAGCAAGCUGACUCAGGUAAUGCAGGACUCUUUAGGCGGCAAUGCCAAAACUCUGAUGAUCGUCAACGUCUCCCCUUCAGAAUGCAACCUCGAUGAGACUCUCACAUCUCUUAUUUAUGCAACGAGAGUCAAGGCCAUAACCAACAACGCUCAGAGAAAUGUGGACAGCAAAGAGAUUGCUCAGCUGAAGGAGGUGAUCAUGAGACUGAAGUCUGGACAAGCUGUGGAGGAUGUGGAUGUUUGAAAUGUUCUGUAAAUUUGAAUCAAGCUGUUCUCAGUUUUAACAUUUCAUUUGAUGAUAUGAUGACAUCACAACGUGGGCACUGAUAUCAUUUGCUUUUUUAGGUUUGGGGAUGUUUUGUAGCGAGCACUGUUUGUGUGGGACUUUAGAAUAAAGUGUUUAAGAUUCAGGGCCCUGUGUGAUAAUGAAAAGUCUAACAGGACAUCAGUCAGUCAAAACGAAACGCACCAAAACAAACAUUUUGUCGUUUGUUGGGUCAAAUUUAUCCUCCGGGAAAAGCAACUCUUUACAAAACAGUUUUAGAUCUUUUUUUAAGACAUUAUUAGUAUUAUAGGACAUCCGAAAGGCUGUAAAGGAGGCAUAGAAAAAGUGCCAAACUUUGAUGUAUUCCUUAAAAUAAAAAAUGUUGAGUUAUCUCAGUUUUCUGUAAAACCAAAUACUUAUUUCCUUUUGGAAUCGUUGAGAGAUUUACUCAUAUAUUUUUCAGCUGUUUUGUUCCACUCCAUGUUCUGUCUGAAGUUGUUGUGGACUCAGACACUUUUUGGGUCAGGGUGGCUUUUUAACACUGGUGUUCUUUAGCCUAAUUAUUACACUCCUCUAAUGUAAACUGUAAACCCCACUCUGGUCCUCAACGCACCACAAAAAAGUCAUGAUUUCCAACUUUGCAAAAGUGAUUUUUUUUUGGCUGCUUUUAUGUAGACACCAAUCAGAAUGUGCUGACCUUGAUUACUUUAAUACCAUUCCUGUGCAGCUCUGAUGUGGAUGAGAUGAAACCCCAAUUUUAAACACUCUCAGGAGGCUGCCAGACAGAUAAUAAACCAGUGAAAUGGAGUUUUACAGCACAAUGGAAAAUGCUAAACCAGAUGCCAAAGAAGAACAAAGACAGGAAGUAAAACAA